AGCAAGCAGACUCCACCCCCCUCUCUCACCCCCCUCUCCCUCUCUCUCCGCUCUGUCACACACACUCACUCUAUCUCCCUCUUUCUCUCUCUUUCAUGCUCUCUCCCCCUCUCUCUCUGUCAGUGUCAUUCUGUAGUGGAGAUGUGGAGUAUCUUUCUGUCUCUCUGUCUGUUUUUCCAGCCCAAUUCAGCGGAGGAAGUGAUGCUGCUGGACACAACAGAAUCUACCUCAGAGCUGGGCUGGACCACCUAUCCAGAUACAGGGUGGGAUGAGGUCAGUGUCCUGGAUGACCGAGGGAAGCUCAUACGAACCUUUGAGGUCUGCAAUGUCAACCAGAAUCCCCGUCAGCAGGACAACUGGUUGGCUACGCCUUUCCUGUACCGCCACUCAGCUCCACGUGUGUUUGUGACGUUGCGUUUCUCAGUGCGUGACUGCGCCAGCCUGCGGUCACCAUCACCCACCUGCCGAGAGACGCUCACCCUGUAUUUCAAACAGGCCGACUCCCAGAGGGAGCUGAAGAAGACCUGGACAGCUGAGCCGUCCAACAAAGAGAAGGAAACCAGGGAGGGCUGGGUGAAAAUCGACACCAUUGCAGCUGACAAGAGUUUCUCCAAGGUGGAGCCCAGUUCACCUCACCAGUACCAGCCAAACAGAUACAGCCGAAUCAACAUCAAGACACGCAGCUUUGCCCCUCUCACACGCAAUGGAUUUGUCCUGGCUAUUGUCGACAGUGGAGCUUGUGUUUCCCUCAUGGGCGUGUCUAUCUUUUACCGGCGCUGUCCAGCCACCAGCCAAUACUUGGCGUCCUACCCAGCGACUCCUUCAGGGGCAGAGGCGACGGCCUUAGUGCCUGUGAGCGGAACAUGCGUCCCCCACAGUAAAGCACAGGGAGGCCCACCCCCUCGCAUGCACUGCAAUGCUGAAGGCGAGUGGAUGGUACCUGUAGGAGGAUGUGUCUGCGAUGAAGGCUAUGAACCGAACGUCAAUGGGUCGGCCUGCUUGGCCUGUCCUGUGGGCUACUUCAAGUCCGUCGCGGGCUCCGUUCCCUGCUCGGUGUGCCCCUCCAAUAGUAGAACCAGCCAGGAGGGAUCGAGUGUGUGUGAAUGUCGCAGUGGCUUUUACCGGGCCGCCAAUGAUGCCAACUCAUCUGCCUGCACAACUCCUCCAUCUGCUCCGGUCUCUCUGACCUGGGAGUACGAGAGUGGCGAUGGUGGGGUGUCCCUAAGGUGGCGCCCCCCGGUGGACAUGGGAGGCCGCAGCGAAGUGUGGUACGGGGUUGUGUGUCGCAUCUGCCCCUCACCCACCUUCACCAACCCGGCAUCGUGCUCCUGGUGCGGGGAGGGCGUCACCUUCAGCCCUUCCCAGACCAACCUGAAGCAAACCAAGGUCACCCUCAACAACCUGCUGACCAGAGUCACUUAUCUCAUACAGGUGCAAGCCAUGAAUGAGGUGUCAGCUUUGAGUCCUUUUUCAGCUCGAUACACAAGCAUCAAUUUCACUACGAGCCAGUCAGUUCCCAGUACAGUUCCCAUGAUGCACCAGCUGAGCCGAGCCCCAGACUCCAUCACUCUUUCGUGGCCUCAGCCAGACCGGCCCAAUGGUGACAUCCUGGAGUACCAACUCAGAUACUAUGACAAGGGUUCAGAUGUGGACAGCGCAGCGAGUGUGUACAGCGAGACCAACACUGUGACCGUCAACUCUCUGAUUCCCGGCUCCAUUUACGCCUUCCAGAUCAGAGCUCGAAACGAACGAGGCUUCGGCCCCUACAGCAACACCAUCUACUUCACCACACUGCCUCUGGAAGAACACUCGCAGCAGAUCCAGAAUCGGCUUCCUCUGCUGGUUGGGUCAGUGAUGGGUGGGGCGGCGUUUCUCCUUGUUGUGGCAGCGAUUGUGGUUGUGGUGGUGUUUCGCAGUAAGAGGAGGGAGAGUCCGUACAGUGACCGACUCCAGAGGUACAUCAGUAAUCGAGGUGGAGUAAAGUAUUAUGUGGACCCAUCCACUUAUGAGGACCCCAGUGAGGCGGUCAAAGAGUUCGCCCGUGAGAUAGAUCCCACUCACCUGAAGAUUGAAGAAGUGAUUGGUGCAGCUCAGUUUGGCGAAGUCUCUCGAGGUCGUUACCGUCCGCUUGGCCGCAGGGAGGUGUUGGUGGCGGUGAAGACUCUUCGCUGGGGGGCGUCUGACAGGGAGAGGGGGAUGUUCCUCAGUGAAGCGGGGGUCCUGGGCCAGUUCGACCAUCCCAAUGUGCUGAAGCUGGAGGGCGUGGUCACUCGCAGCCCCCCGGAGAGGAUCAUCACUGAGUUUAUGGAGAACGGGCCGCUGGACGCGUUCCUGAGGGAGAACGAGGGGCAGUUCAGCGUCCUCCAGCUCGUUGGGAUGCUCAGGGGGGUUGGUGCGGGGAUGCGAUACCUCUCUGAGAGAAACUUUGUCCACCGGGACCUGGCAGCCAGAAACGUGCUCGUCAACUCCAACCUGGUCUGUAAGGUGUCCGACUUUGGCCUGUCCCGACUCAUGAGGGGCCUGGACCACAACAUACCCACAUACACUGCCUCACUGGUACGUUCUGGGACUGAUAGUUUUUUUGUUUUUUUUUCUUUGGUCACUGCUUCACUGUCAUUGUCCUCUAUUGUCCUACAUCAGGGCAGUAAGAUUCCUGUGAGGUGGACGGCACCGGAAGCUUUUCAGCAUCGCAAGUUCAGCUCAGCCAGCGACGUCUGGAGCUUCGGCAUACUGAUGUGGGAGGUGAUGUCAUACGGAGAGCGUCCGUACUGGGACAUGAGCAAUCAAGAAGUGAUGAAGGCAGUAGCAGAUCAGUAUCGUCUCCCUGCCCCCCACAGCUGCCCUCCUGCCCUCCACUCUCUGAUGCUCCAGUGCUGGCAGGCUGAUCGAGGGGACCGGCCAGGCUUCGACACCCUCCUGUCCUCCUUGGAUCGGCUCAUCAGGCACCCUGCUUCCCUCAAGGCGGAGCCAACUCGGAGCUGCUCUCAGCCACUGCUCAGCCCCACCCCCACAGACUUAUCAUCAGUGGCAACAGUCAGCGAUUGGCUGAAGGCGUUGAGGAUGGAGCGAUAUCAGGAUGAGUUUGAUCGGGCACACCUGGACUCUUUAGACAGAGUCAGCAAACUCACCAUGGAUGACGUCCAGAACCUCGGGGUGAGCCUGCUGGGACACCAGAGGAAGAUCGUCAGUGCAGCCCAGCAGCUCAGGGCCCAUCUGACGCAGGGGCAGGUGGAGGUGUGAAAUCCAACUAAAGAACAACCUGUGCCAUGAAUUUCUAUGGUUUUCACAGUCCUCUCCUUGUUGUGUCUGGUUUCUUCAACUCUUUUAUGUUCACGGAGCACGUUUUUAAGCCAAAAUAAAAAGAGUCUGUGUCA